AUGCGGGAAUCCAGUCCCUGCUCCCCGGGCAAUGAGGGAUCAGCGCUUCCAGAGAUCAAAGCGCAGCCCUGGGAGGUUUCCCCUGCCCUUGGAGGAGGGAAUGAGGCGUCGGAGCCGCUUCCCAGCCUGAGGGAGAAGCAGAACGAGGCGAGGCAGCUGCUGGGGGGGGGCGAGCGGGGCGUGGCGACCCUUGCGUUCCUCCUCCCGCUGGCGCUGGCGCUGGCGGCGAGCGGGCAGCGCCGCAAACCGCCCCGCCGGCCCACCCGGCCUCCCUUGCCCUUCGAGAGCCCGUGGAGCCCACAGAGCUGCCCCCUCCCCUCCCCUCCGGGCCCCCCGUCCGUGUUCCCCGACUGCCCGCGCGAGUGCUACUGCCCGCCCGACUUCCCGUCGGCGCUGUACUGCGACAGCCGCAACCUGCGCACGGUGCCCGUCAUCCCCGCGCGCAUCCACUACCUGUACCUGCAGAACAACUUCAUCGCCGACCUGCCCGAGGAGUCCUUCCGCAACGCCACCGGCCUCAAGUGGGUCAACCUGGACAACAACCGCAUCCGCAAGGUGGACAGGAAGUUGCUGGAGAAGCUGGAGAACCUCAUCUUCCUCUACAUGGAGAGGAACCAGCUGAAGGAGGUGCCCGCCUUCCUGCCGCCCAACCUGGAGCAGCUGAGGCUCAGCAGGAAUCAGAUCUCCAAGAUCCCUCCUGGGGUCUUCAACAAGCUGGAGAACCUGGUGCUGCUGGACCUGCACCACAACAAGCUGAGCGACGGCGUCUUCAACAAGAACACCUUCAAGGGGCUCAAGAACCUCAUGCAGCUCAACCUGGCCCACAACAUCCUGAGGAAGAUGCCCCCCGGCGUGCCCAGUGCCAUCCACCAGCUCUUCCUGGACAGGAACAACAUCGAGGACAUCCCCAGCGAUUAUUUCAAGGAGUUUCCCAACCUGGCUUUCAUCCGGCUCAACUACAACCAGAUCUCGGACAAGGGGCUGCCCAAAAAUUCCUUCAACCUCACCAACCUGCUGGUGCUGCACCUGGCCCACAACAAGCUCACCAACGUGCCCUUCAUCAGCCCCAAGCUGGAGCACCUCUACCUGAACAACAACUCCAUCGAGAAAAUCAACGGCACCCAGAUCUGCCCCACCUCGCUGGUGUCCGUCCAGGAUUUCUCUCCCUCGGACCUGGACAGCGUGCCCCGGCUGCGCUACCUGCGGCUGGACGGGAACCUGCUGAAGCCGCCCAUCCCUCUGGACCUGAUGCUGUGUUUCCGCCUGCUGCAGUCCGUGGUGUUUUAGCCCCUCCCCGCCUCUCCCAGGCUUUGCUCGGACAUUUCAGACACGUGGGACCCUCUCUCCUCCCUCUCUCCCCCUGCUCUCUCCUCGCCUCCAUCCCUCUCCUCGUUUUCCCCUUUUCCUGCGCUGCGGGGACAGCGGUGGCUCCUUGGGGACCGCGCUGUGCCGUGUCACAGCUCGCUGUCCUUGUCCCCCGGCCCUUGUCCCCGGUUCCGUCUCUCCCUUGGUGCCCCGCAGGUUUUGGGCUCGGUCCGGAUGGAGCCGCUGGGCUCGGGGUGUGUGCAGCACCAAGAAACAUUCCCGGUGGGUUUUGCAGCUGGGAUGGGAUGAGCAGGGGCUGAGGGUGGUGGGAUGUGUAGAAGUCAGGGAGGAUGGACAAUCAGGCCAUCGCAGGGGAUGGGGACGCUCCUGUCGCCCUUCUGGAGAGCUUUGGCUCCACGUUUCUCCAGAGGAGGAAGAUCUAAAUCCCGUCAUGUGCAGGGAUGG